GUUAUAGUGAGGAUGUCAAAAGUCAGAAAUAAAAACACAACAUAACCUAAUUGGUGAGACUUUGGCAAAACAGCUAAAAAGUGAACCAGUCUCAUCUGAUCAUCUAAGUAUAUAGUGAAUAAUAACAUGAUAAUAACGUAAUACUUAUAAUGUUUUAUAAGAUUUCUUUCUUAUAAAAUAGUGGUACUGUGAUAAGUUUUAUUUCCAAUUUGUAUUCUUUUGUUUAAAAUGACUGUAACAUACAAUGCAGACGUUGCAACAGUGCACGGUUUGGGACCAUUUUUGAAAUUGUUAGGAAGGUGGCGUGGGAGUCUCUACAAAUUAGUAUGGUUGGAUUUAGUAUUAUUUUUAGUUAUAUAUUAUGGUUUGAAUAUAAUUUACAGAUUUUUAUUGGACGACCAAGGAAAAUUGAUUUUCGAGAACAUUGUUCGAUAUUGUGAUGAUUAUGCAAAUCUGAUACCAUUAUCGUUUGUAUUAGGUUUUUAUGUUACUGUAGUAAUGAAUAGAUGGUGGAGUCAAUACAGAGCUAUUCCUCAUCCGGAUCCAGUAGCUGUUUUCGUUAGCGCUACAGUACAUGGUCAUGAUGAACGUGGUAGAGUUAUGAGAAGAACAAUAAUGAGAUAUAUGUGUUUAUGUGUUACAAUGGUUUUUACUAUGAUCUCUCCUCGAGUGAAAAAACGUUUCCCUACUUUGGAUCAUUUUGUAGAUGCUGGUCUUCUACAACCUAGCGAAAAAGAUAUUAUGUCUGAUCUUGAUAAAAAAUUUCCAAAGUAUUCGAAACAUUGGUUACCAUUAGUUUGGGCCUCUAGUAUAGUAACUAGAGCUCGCAAGGAAGGGCGAAUUAGGGAUGAUUUUGCCGUUAAAACAAUAAUAGAUGAAAUGAAUAAAUUCAGAGGACAAUGCGGGUUACUUUUAACUUAUGAUCAUAUAAAUAUUCCUUUGGUUUAUACCCAGGUAGUUACAUUGGCAGUUUACAGUUAUUUUAUCACAAACGUUAUGGCUCAUCAAUGGACAACACACAAUAAGUACAAUUUCGAUUUGUUUUUUCCAAUUUUUACAACUUUACAAUUCUUCUUCUACAUUGGAUGGUUAAAAGUGGCUGAAUCGAUGAUAAAUCCUUUUGGCGAUGACGAUGACGAUUUUGAGGUUAAUUGGAUGGUUGAUAGAAACUUACAGGUGGCUUAUUUAAUUGUCGAUGAAAUCCACCAUGAUCAUCCCGAAUUGGUUAAAGAUCAAUAUUGGGACGAAGUUUUUCCACAAGAGUUACCAUACACAGAAGCUGCCAGAGCUAUAAGAGAUACACAUCCACUUCCUUCAACGGCUAAUAUAGCAACAAGACCUCAAGAUUUCGAAACAAAUCAGUACGGUUCAAAUAAAAUGUAUGAUAUGCAGUCUUAUGUGACAGGUUUAGAUGGAGGUCCAAUUACAUUUUCAGCUAAACCUCGACCUAAUUCAUUUAGAUCGAAGGGAUCACAAAACUCUUUAAUAGGAAAAUCUGUACCUGAUUCUAUAUCAAGACAUAAUUCAGUUACGAAUAUGCUGAAGAGAUUUUUUAGUAGAGAUGAAAGCAAAAAUGAUGCGAAAGUUGAAGGAAACGAAAUGAACAAUUUGAUGUCUCAAUCAUCUUAUCCCAAACACGCCGGAAGCGUUAAAAAGAUUGCGGACGAUGUGAUUGAAGAGGUUGAUGAACAGCAAACUAUAAAUUCACAGAGAUCCUUUAAGGAACCCCGACCAACUGUAAUGAGUUUGUUUGGUCCACCGUCUCCUUCUUCACCAAUAGACGUACCACAUUCCAAUAGCUUCAACAAUUUAGAUUCAAAUAUUUUCGAUCCAUUUGGUCCAAUAUCAAGAUCUAUUCCUGGUAUGUCGCAUGACGGUAAUGAUGGAGUGAGUAUAGGAGGAUCUGUGACAGAUGAUGAUGACGAUGAAUUUUCUAGAUUGAAAAAACUUAGAGAAGAAGAACGUAUUAGUCGUAUGAAGGAGACGAUUUCAAGAUCUUUUGGUAAAGCCGAUGAUGUGGAUGUUGUAUUAAGCCGGCAAUCAUCAUCACAAGCUACAUCAACAACACCUACUCCCACUUGCAAAACGCCCGUUACGCCAAAUAUUUAACUGGUAUUAAAUAUUGUUUUCCUCAACGAAAAAAUAUAAAUACCUUUUUAUAUUAAUAACAUUGUAUAAAAUUUUCUUUUAAUAUUUGUUGAUAUAUUAGUUCUAGGUUAUCUUAUAAUAAUAAUUUAUUCAUAGUGAAAUAUCUCUUUUGGUUUAACGCCGUGCUUAUAAAAAUGUAAUUCUCACAAGGUUUAAAAGCAACCAAUUUUUUGGAGUUAAAUAGAAAUUUUCUGCUCCAUACUAGACAUUAGUUGUUUCACUCUGUAUACAAUAAUAUAAAAAGAUUUUGAUAAAUUUGCUUCGAACUGUUUUACUGAGAGUACUUUAAAGUUGCUCUAACUAAUUUUAUAAUGGUUAUUAUAAUAAACAGACUCAUUUGUGAUAUUUAUCUGUGUUGUGGAAACCUGACAAUACAUUUAUAAUAAUGUAUAAAAAAAAUUAGAAUUAGGUGUAUAUUUAUUAUUGUUAAAAGACUAUUGGAACUAUUAGAUAUGGCUCUUGAGAUUUUAUAACACCAACCUGAAUAUAAAAUUUUUUACAUAUGACUCAAUGAAAAUAGAAGAAAUUAGCCUAUGAUCGGAUACUUUUCUGCUUUAAUCAACAAUUUCCUUAUUAAGUGAAUCUCAAGCUGUUGUUCGUUGGUAAAUAUUUAUAUAAUAUGUAUUCUUGGAUAUUUUAAAAGGGUAUCCAUAUAGAUUCAUUUUUUUCAAUUAAUCGUGAGAAAAAGCACAAAAGUACAUUAAUCAUUAUUUAAAAUACUAUUCAACAUUUGGAAAAUAAUGGUUUAUGUACUAUUUUCAGAAACACUCGAAAAGUAACAGAAAGGCAAAGGUCUUAAAAUUUAAUCAAAAACCAAGAAGCAAAAAUAGAGAAAAAUGGGUGAUCAAUCCGAACAAAUUUCACUAAUGAAGCCAACAUUUUUGUCAGUUCCUGUGCAUUCUUCAUGAUACCAACGAAAACAUUGAUUUGAUCUUAUCCAUGCCUCUCCUCUUGCACUUCAGUAUCGGAAUCACUAGAGGAGGUAGAAAGUCGUUUGGUUUUUUGUUUUGGAACAGAUUUGUCUUUGGCUUCUACAUAACUUUUCAUUUUUAUUCGUUGAUUCUCUCUUAGUAACCAAUCAAAGUAAAUAAUUUUAAGCGACGUUUUAUUAAAAAACAAAUGGUUACAUUUGGUACCAGAAAUUGUUAUACCAUUUAUUUUGAAGUAUCGGUACAUGAAAUUUAUAAAUAAUUAUAGUUACUUUGGGUUGGUAACUAUAGUUUAUCUAUGACUUCGUAGUUAUUAUUAUAGGUAAUAAAAUUCAAAAAACGAUUUUAUUCAUUAAACUUUGACAACAAAAAAUAAUUGCCAUUACCCAUUAUACCCAUAAUUUUCAAAAUAAAAGUACUUUUUCUUUAUUUUUAGGACUUAAUGUAUAACAGAAUUGUACUUAUUGUAGUAUAUAAAAAUGUGUAUACAAGUCAAAUUAUAUAAUAAUUAUAAAUAAUAGCAUGUCAUAUUCAAGACAGUACUGGGUUGUUGAUAUUGAAAAUAAACAGAAGUAAAUAAUUUUAUAUCCAUGAUAAUGAUAAUUUAGUGUGGGAUGUCAAUAUUCACAUUUUUUAAUUUCAAACAAUAUAGUGGAAGCCAUAUCUCAUAGAUUAUAGGUCUUCUCAAUGACUCCAGUGAUAACUACAGUAAUGGUAAUUAGAACUCACUAUAAACCCAUGAACUACUGUUUAGGUAUGAGUUUUGAUUAGAUUUUAUUUAAAUUCACAGCUACAACUAUUCAAUCAGUUUUAUUAGAAGGUAUAGAAGCAUGUCAUAUUUUGAUAUUAUCUCCUUUAGAAUUUUCUUACAAAACAUGACAUGUCUAUAGUGAGAUGGUUUCUUUUAUGCACAUGAAAUAACACAAUUUUCUAGUUUAUGGCGGGUAAUUUUUACCAUUAGAGUCAUCUGUCCUGAGUGAUCGAAAAUAUCUAUAGUACAAUGUCAAUUGAUUAAUUGUAUAAACAGUUCAUUUUUUGUGAAAUCUGAUUUCCAUUCCAGUAUAGCUUAGAUUAUAGAUAAGUUAGAACAAAAAUAGUUUGAUACAUAUUCCAUUCCUUAUAAGAGAUAAUUUCAGUUUACUUUAUUAACCUAGAAAUACUUUUAUAAUUUCGUUUUUUAGGUUUAUUUAUUUGUAUACAGUGUAUUCAAGAGUUUACAUUUGAUUUAUGAUAAUUGCAGUAGCAUUUAUCAAAAUUUUUUUUCACGUAGUGUUCUUUUUAAAUGCAUUGUUUAUAACCACUACGCUAACACUCACAAUUACACAAUUACAAUAUCGUACUGGCAUUUUGAUAACAAAGUUAUCGUUUUCAGACACCAAAUAUACUGUUUACUAUCCUUAAACUAAAAUUACACUGUCGAACUGGCAUCUUGAUAACAAAGUUUUCGUUUUCAGGCACCGAACAUACUGUUUACUAUCCUUAAACCAACACUUACAAUUACACUGUCCUAUUGGCAUCUUCUAAACAAAUUUAUCAUUUUCAGACACUGAAUAUACUGUUUACUACCCCUAAUCCAACAUUCACAAUUACACUGUCUGACGUCAGUUUCCAUAAAAAAGUUGUCAUCACAUAUAGUGUAAGUGUAACUGUUGGUGUAGCCCCAGAUUGAAUAUUACUGUUUUGAUUUCUCUCGAAACACCGUCAUAACCUUGGAAAUUUAAAUUGGUGAUGUUCAGCAUUGUAUUUUUCUCAUACUUUCGUUUCUCGGUCUUAUUGAGACAUCUGUAUUGUUUAAUCUGUAGUGGUAGUAAACAAUGCGUUCAGUGUAAAUAUUACCAAUGGUUUUAGAAAUUCAAACCAAGAGUUUUUUGUAAUUGGUUUCAUUUAUUUAAAAUUUUAAGUUCCAUAGAUAUAUACCAUAAGAGUAUUUAUUUGAAAAAAUUUAAUUUAUAUCAAACUGUUUUCAUAAAGAUAACAGAAAAAUUUUCUAACAAUUAUUUCUCACCAUAAUCUACUUUUAACAAAGUUUUCUGUUAUUUUGGUAUAUUAAAAAAGAUGUUGCAUACUUGUUUUAUUCGAUUACUAGAAUUUUCUAUUCAUUUUUUAUUGACUUAGCCUCAAGGGAGGUCAAUAUUGAAAUCACAACAAUAUUGAAUAGUUUUCUAUUGGUGAUUUGGAGGCUUGGAUCACAUAAUUGAACCAUAAUUUAUAUUUUUACAUUGUUAUUACACCGAAAUUUCACAAUAUUUCUGAUUAUAAUAAUAUUGUACUAAACCCCUUGGGUUGCAAAAUAUAUUUAUUGUUUCAGAAAUAAUCUCAUUGUAUCUUUUGUCAUAGUUAUAUCUGGAACGGGUGAAUCAUUCUGCAUCUUCUGGACGUGCAUGUUCACCAGGAAGUGUUUGAACAAUACAGGCAUACCUGUAAUUAAUGGAAAAUCUCGCACCUCUGUUAAUUUCUACUAGUCUAAUUGUACUAUGUUUCCGAUCCUUUAGUUGAAAGUCUGAAACUUCGAAAUAUUCCUCCUCAUCUCCAACAGACUGAUCACUACCCCUAAACCAACACUCACAAUUAUACAAUUACACUGUCAUACUGACAUCUCGAUGAUUUGAUUAACAAAGUUAUCGUUUUCUGAAACCAAACAUACUGUUUACUACCCACUAACCAACAGUAUAAUUACAUUGUCAGACGUUCGUAUCCAUAAUGAAGUUAUCAUCAUAAAAGACUAAAGGUGACCGGUUUAUGUCAUAGAGUGUAAUUGUGACUAUUGGUAUAGUGGUAGUACACAGUGUACUCUGUAUAAAAAUCACCAAUGGCUUCAGAAAUUUAAACUUGGUUUUAUUUCUUCAAUAUUCUGUGUUUCAUAGUUACAUACCAUAAGAUCAUACAUUUGGAAGAAUGUGAUAAAAAUGUUCUUAAAAAUGGAAGUAGAUAAUGUAACAGAAAAAUUUUGUAACUUAUUUCUCACCAUAUUCUACUUUCAACUCGUUAAAAUUUUUCUGUUAGUCUGGUAUAUUAAAAAAAACUUGUGCAAAGAUUUUACAAACUCGCUUUAAUCGAUUACUAGAAUUUUCUAUUCUACUCGCUCAUUUUUUAAUGACAUAACGUCAUAUUAAAAACGCACCAAGAUUGAAUAAUGUACGCUUUGCGCUUGGUGAUUUUGAACCAGUCUGAAUUGAAUAAAAAUUUCCAAGCGUUGUAGUAUUAGAUAUACAAGCAGUAUUCUAAAUUUACACGAAUUAUACAAACAAUUUAUUGUUUUAAUAAACGUAUUUUAAUGUU